CGCACGUCUUAAGCGUUAGCUAGGUGCGUGAAAUAGUGGGCUAGUUGAUUACUUCAUUUUAUUCUGCUAAUAAAUGAUCGUGCUGAAUACCGGAGGUAUAUAAUAUAAAGGAAAAUAGCACGUAGCGUAACAUUUUUCCAUAACAUGGGAUUCGUUGUGCAGCAAGGUGCGUAGGGAAAGGGCAGUCCAAUGCAUGCUGAAGAAAGGUAUUCGGACGAGGAACCCCCCUCUAUGCUGUGGGGCCUGGACCCCAUCUACUCUGCGUUCGCCCGACUUUACAUCAAAGACAUCCUGGAAAUGAAGGAGUCUUGCCAGGUCCCAGGCAUUUUCUUCUACAAAUUGCACCCAAUUUUUAAAGUGGAUGUGCUGGGAACUGUGGUAUGCAAACGAGAGCGAGAAGACUUCUUCUGCUACGGAGUGGAUGAUGGCACUGGGGUUAUAAAUUGCCUGUGCUGGAAAGACGAACAGUGGAAAGACCACAGUGCACCAGUGGAUGGGUCCAAGUCGCAGGUUCCGAGCCGUGGAGGCUUUAACCCGGCCGAGCAGCUGAAGAAGCUUCUGCACAGCCAGCGCUGCAGCUCUCAUCUGGACAUCGGGGAUUUGCUGCGGGUUCGAGGGCCCGUGAAAAUGUCAAGAGGACAGAGAGAAAUCAUGGCCUCCACAUACUAUAAAGUGUCGGACCCGGUGCUGGCGGUGCAGAUUUCCUGGAUGUUGGAAGUGCCCCAGCUCUACCGCAAAUUCUAUGACAAGCCCUUCCAGUUUCCAAGCAGUGUGCAGGGCUCGAACGCAGCUGAUGCAGACGGUGAUUCAGCCUCAUCCUCUCUGCUCGGGCGAGCGACCCGUUUGCUCAAGGACUUCCUGCAAGAGAAGGCGGUGGAAAGGUUUCGGCCCUACGACCUCCUGGAGCUGCUGGACCCCCUGGUCUCCGGGACCCCUCCCCAAACCCCGGCACCGCAGGACCCGGCGGCGACCCCGUCGGCCGCCAAGCGGCUGCACGCGCUCUCCCGCGAGGCCCUGCAGCUCCUGCAGGACGAGGGCCGGGUGUUCCGCAGGGUCAUAUCCCCGGACCAGGUCUAUCAGGUGACGGAGAACGACCGGGAGCUGCACCGGGCGACCAGAGACGUCAUCAGAGAGGACUGCAAACGGGCCAAGUACUCGGAGAAGGGCUGCCACGUCCUGCACAUCCUGUCCGGCGUGAGACUGCGCUACAGCCGCAACGUGAGCAAGGCGGUCAUCGAGCUGGUCCUGCGGCGUCUGGAAUGCAACAGCGAGAUCAUCAGCACCUCGGACAACCACUACGCCGUCCUCUGACAGAGCUGUCGCCGAGGUCUCACUGCUCCAGAAAGGCCAGAUGGAGAACGUUUGUCGCUCUAGCCCAGAUGGAGCUGUACAUAUUGCUUGAUUGAGUUACUUUUUUUUGGUCUUCCAGUUGACAUUUUUGUCAAAAUGUAAUUUAAAAAAAUAUAUAUAUUUUUUUAAAUAAACACUGUUGCCAACUCUUUAA